AUGAAGGAGAUUCCCGCCGAGUCGAGGGCCUUAGAAGUUUGAAAAAGUGGCGCUCUUUCUGAUUUCUCACCCUCGUACCCUCGGACUUUUGUUUUUUAUAAAGUCAGUUGCAUAAUUUGUCAUAAGUGGCAGCACCUUGCAGCAUUAAACAAACUCGACUGCAUAAAAAAUUAUGAACCGAUGCGUCAGAUGACGCCGCGUGGCAGUGAUAGAGAUCCUUUCUCUAGCGAUGAUCACUGAAGUUUCUAUUCGUACCUACCUAAAUUCUAAAUCGCGCUGGCAUUUUUUCGAACCAGUUUGAAGCCGAUUCAAACGAUACGUUGAACGGUGGCGUAGUUCAGGACUUUGAUUUUACAUUUCGCAGCGAUUCCAAAAGAAAAUUGGGCUGACGCAGGUAGAAAAAAAGUGGUUAAUUUGGAAAAAACCGAGUCUCUGAAUCCUCAAAUAUUAUUUGAACGAAAGGUUUCAUUACAAUGGGUGAUACGGAUUUGCCGUAUUGCGUCGAGUACGCAAAAAGUGGUCGGGCUAGUUGCAAAGGGUGCUCGAAGGUUAUCACCAAAGAUGAUUUGCGAAUAGCUGCUAUGGUCCAGAAUCCUUUUCAUGAUGGUAAAAUGCCAAAAUGGUAUCACUCCGAAUGUUUUUUUGAUAAGCAACGCCCCAAAACUACUGCUGAUAUUGCUCACUUUGAUAGCAUUAGAUGGGAGGAUCAGGGAAAAAUCAAAACAAUGCUUGAGGCUUCCGCGGGUAAGGAGCUUCCUGUGGGUAAAAAGGGCCGAAAAAGAGCAGGUGGCAGUGCUGCCGGAACUUUUCAGGACUUCACCGUUGAAUAUGCUAAGUCAAAUCGAUCAACUUGUCGAGGUUGUGAAGAAAUAAUCAUCAAAGGUGAGGUGCGGAUAUCAAAGAAGGAUUGGGAAAGUGAAAAUGCAAGAUCAUAUGGAGGGCAGGAUCGAUGGCAUCACAUCGACUGCUUUGUGAAGUUAAGGGCUGAGCUAGGUUUUUUUGAAGCUGCUAACAUGCUUCCUGGUUUUGAUAAAUUAACUAAAGAAGAUAAAAGUAGAUUGAAGAGUAAACUGCCUAAAACUGAUCAGAUUGAGAUUCCACAAAUAAAAAAACUUAAAGCGGAACCUGAGGAUGCCAAAGAAGAACAACAACUGAGAGCAGAAAAUGAACAGAUUUUCAAAAUGAGAGACCAACUGUCUACAUUGCAUAAAAAAGAUCUUAUCUCUUUGUUGGAAGAGAAUCAUCAAAAAGUUCCUGAGGGUGUUUCAAGUAUUUUGGAUGCCCUCUCUGAUGCUAUGGUUUUUGGGUACCUUAAACCUUGUGAAAAAUGUAAAGGGCAACUAAGAUACAAAUCCGGACUUGGUUAUCGUUGUACCGGUGAUAUUACAGAAUGGGUAAAAUGUGAACAAGUUGCGCAGAAUCCCAAACGAGCAAAAUUCAAAGUACCAACUGAACUUACAGAAAAGUAUCCUUUCCUUGCAAGUUACAAGUGCAAAGUAAAAAAGAGAACAAUUAAAAUUACUGCACCUACGACAUCGUCUGCAGUGAAAAAAGAAGACGAAACUGACAGUGGGCCAAAAGUUCAGGCUCAACCAAAACCUCUCAAAAACAUGGAAUUUCUUAUUUUGGGAAAGACCCAAAAGGACAAGGAGGAGUUGAAGAAGGAAAUACUUUUGCUUGGCGGUAAGGUGGUCACGAAAGUUCAUGCGAAUUUAGCCGCUUGUAUAUCAAAUCCAGAUGAGGUUGAAAAAAUGAAUAAGCGAAUGCAAGAAAUUGAGGCACUUGAUAUACAAGUAGUCUCGGAAGAUUUUGUUGAAGAGGCCAAGGAGUUUGAUAAAGUGGCUGUAAUGCUCAUCAAUAAAAAAAAUAUAUGCAGUUGGGGUGGUGAUCCGAGUUUGCGAAUCGCGGUGACUGACCAAAAAUCCAAAUCCAGAGGGAAGAGUCAAUACGAAAAAUCUGCUUCUGGGACAGUAAAAUUACGUGUGAAAGGUGGUGGGGCUGUCGAUCCAGAUAGCGGGCUGGAAGACAGGGCUCAUAUUUACUCAAAGGGUAAAGAUAAAUAUACAGCCACACUGGGAUUGACAGAUAUACAAUCGAAAAAGAAUAGCUACUACAAGUUGCAAAUACUGAAGGACGAUAAACAAAACAAAUAUUGGUUGUUCCGUAGCUGGGGAAGAAUCGGCACUUCGAUUGGAGGUAACAAACUUGAAAGCUUACAAUUGGAUGAGUGUUUGAACCAGUUUGAAAAUUUAUAUGAAGAAAAGUCAGGUAAUACCUGGAGUACUCGCCAUAACUUUGUCAAAGUUCCAAAGAAGAUGUACCCAAUCGAUGUAGACUAUGGCGAAGAUGAUGAUCAGACGAAAAAAUUAUUGGAGUCUGAUAUAAAGAGUAAUCUUAAAAAACCUCUGCAAGAUCUAAUCAAACUCAUUUUUGAUGUUGAUACAAUGAAAAAAGUUAUGCUGGAGUUCGAAAUAGACUUGGCCAAGAUGCCUUUGGGUAAAUUAUCACGAAAGCAAAUCGACAGUGCUUACAAGGUGCUCAGUGAAUUACAGGUAUAUUUAAAAACAGGCAAGAACGAGCGUUCGAAAUUAGUAGAUGCCUCCAACAGAUUUUACACUCUGGUACCACAUGAUUUCGGUGUAUCAGAUCCUGUAAUUUUGGAAACUGAAGAGCAGAUCAAAUCCAAAUCAGAAAUGCUUGGCUCACUACUUGAGAUGGAAAUUGCGUACAGUUUGCUGAAUGCAAAAACAGAUGAAUCUAAGAAUCCUCUUGAUGCCCAUUACGAGCAGCUGAAUGCAGAGAUUGAUGUUCUCGACCGGAACACAGAGGAAUUUGUGCUGAUUGAACGCUAUGUGAAGAAUACUCAUGCAGCCACUCAUGGUCACUAUGAACUUGAGAUUGAAGAAGUAUUCUUGGUUAAACGCCGAGGUGAGGAUAAGCGCUACAAGCCAUUCAAAAAGCUGCCCAAUCGAAAGCUCUUGUGGCACGGAUCGAGGACCACCAAUUAUGCCGGCAUUCUAUCUCAAGGUCUGAGAAUCGCUCCUCCCGAAGCACCUGUGACUGGGUACAUGUUUGGAAAAGGUAUAUAUUUUGCAGAUAUGGUUUCAAAAUCUGCCAACUACUGUUGCACCAACAGACAAAACCCAACUGGUUUGUUACUACUGUGUGAAGUUGCUCUGGGUAAUAUGUACGAACGUCAUCGAGCGGAUUAUAUUGAAAAAUUACCAAAGGGUAAACAUUCCACCCUUGGUUUGGGUCAGACUCAACCAAACCCCGCGGAAUCCCAUGAAACAAAAGAUGGAGUUCAUAUACCUCUUGGAAGCGGAGUACCCGCUAAUCUUAGCAAGCCAUCUGCGCUUUUGUACAACGAAUAUAUUGUCUAUGACGUCGCUCAAGUCCAGGUACAAUAUUUGGUCAGAACCACCUUCAAGUACAAGCAAUAAGCAUUAUUUUCAAUUUUGAGCUACCGCUUUUAUACAAAGAGCCAGAAAUGCUCAUACUUUUUUCCAUUUCUGAAACAUCCAGGGAAAACAAUACUCCCUAAUGAAAGUUAGGGUUUUAAUCAUACCUAGACUUAUAGCGAGUUCUCUCGCGAGUCCUGCACUAUGUUACUAUUCUAUUUGUAUGUAGAUGAUAAGCUAAUUGUAUUCCAAGUUUGUUACCGUAAAUUCGUGGAGAAAAAAUGAUUAUCGAAAAUUUUGAGAGUAUGUAUUGCCAUAUUUUGAUACACAAUGUUGAAGUAAACAUUGAACACUUUAUUAUUGGGGCUCAAAGAAUUUGCUGUAUGCGAAGUAGUGUCUGUCUAGUUUAUGUCAGAGUUGAAACGAUAUUGUAAGAUACAGUUUCAUAUUCUCUACCUCAUAGAAAUAUGUUCCAGUGAUAAUUACAGUUACUUUUUUUUUACCAAAAGCUUGUUUCUACUCAUUGUAUGUUUGAGAUGCGUAUUGAAUAAUUACUAUUCUCCAACAUAGAUGAGGUUGGUCAUUAAGGAAUACCGACAUUUAUGGUGUGACAUCUUUUUAUUUGAUAUAUUCGGUACAAUACACAUAAAAAUUAUUUAGUAUUCAAAAUGGAAAUCAAA